CUUCUUAUAAGCCACCAUUCACUGCACCAGUUAACUUGAAUGCUUGCAGAAUAGGGAAGGAAUUACUCACAUCAAUAUGCAUUUCGCCUAUUUCGUCUUCCUCUACUUCCAACUGAGCAACAUUCGAACUGCAGAGACGCAAACGGAACAGACAGAGCCGUUGGAUUUAUCAUUGCAAAAAUUGAGUAGAGAACAAGCGCCGGAUUUGUGUUUAUUAGCCGAAGUAGCUGCUAAAAUAUAUACACAUGAAUUUAAAGGUCAAGUUUUAAUAGUCAAAGAAGUGGAUGCUGAAGGAAAAAGAAAAAACACAGAAGAAAUCCCAGGGAAGGAAUCGAAAAGGAAGAAACUGCAGUGUGGUCCAUGUCAAAAUGAAGUAGUAAGUAUGGAUGAUAUGGAAACUAAUACCAGUGAGAAGCUUCGUAUUUGUCCGACAUGCAACAAAACCUUCCCUUAUCUAUCAACUAUGAAAAUUCAUAUGAGAUCUCAUACCGGUGAGAAGCCGUACAAUUGUCUCACAUGCAACAAAAGCUUCCCCCGUUUAUCAACUUUGAACGACCAUAUGAGAAUUCAUAGCGGUGAGAAGCCGUACGUUUGUAGGAUAUGCAACAGCAGUUUCACUCAAUCAUCGCAUAGGAUAAACCAUAUGAGAACUCACACUGGUGAGAAGCCGUACGUUUGCUGUAUAUGCAACAGCAGUUUCACUCAAUCAUCGCAAAGGAUAAACCAUAUGAGAACUCAUACUGGUGAGAAGCCGUACGUUUGUCUGAUAUGCAACAGGAGUUUCUCUCAAUCAUCAAAUAGGGAGAGACAUAUGAAGAUUCAUACAAGUAAGCCUUACAAUUAUCCGUAA